UUCAUGUUUUCUGACAUAGACCCCAAGGUCUGUAAUUAUCUUAGGGAAACUGCGGGGGCGUAGGCAGUACUUUUUAGUUAUUUUUGUUGUUGUUGUUGUUGUUGUUUCCUUAGCUUUCUUUGGGGCUGAAGAGCUGGGGUGUGUGUGUGUAUGUGUGUUCCCCUAGAGUGCCAAAAAAAAAAAAAAAAAAAAAAAGUGCUGAAGAGUCCUAGGGAGAUGAGGCUAUUUUUGUUCGAAGCUGAUACUUCUGCCUGAGCCACAAGUGCUGCUUGGAAAGGGCUCAGGUUGUUUCCAGGGGGAGAACUCUGCAGAGAAGAGACGAAGUUCAACAGGACAACAAAGGGGCAGCAGAAACAGCCAGGAAAACGAAGAGCCCUCACGUUUUUCACACAGAGCCCCCUAUCAGAGUUCUCGAAUUCUAAAGUAUUCUGCAAAGUGCCACUUGACCGGAACUUUUCGCCUGCCUUUCCUUUCUCCAACCACCAUGACUGAGAUCACUGCUGAAGGAAAUGCAUCUACUACCACAACUGUGAUCGACAGCAAAAAUGGAUCCGUGCCCAAAUCCCCUGGAAAAUUGCUGAAGAGGACGGUCACAGAGGACAUAGUGACAACAUUCAGCUCCCCAGCAGCCUGGCUUCUGGUCAUUGCUCUGAUAAUCACAUGGUCAGCUGUUGCUGUUGUUAUGUUUGACCUAGUGGAUUACAAAAACUUUUCAGCGAGCUCUCUUUCCAAGAUUGGCUCAGAUCCUCUAAAACUUGUGCAUGAUGCUGUGGAAGAAACCACGGACUGGGUCUAUGGCUUCUUUUCUUUGUUGUCUGACAUCAUCUCGUCUGAGGGUGAUGAAGAAGAUGAUGAUGAUGGGGAUGAGGACGCUGAUAAAGGAGAAAUAGAGGAGCCUCCCUUGAAACAAAAAGAAAUACACAAAGAUAAGACUGAAAAGCAGGAGAAACCUGAAAGGAAAAUACUAACUAAAGUUGCACACCGAGAAAAAGAAAAAGUAAAAGAAAAAGAAAAAGAAAAAUCUGAAAAAAAAGAAGAGAGGAAAGCCAAGGCUGAAGAGAAGAUUAAAAAGGAAGUGAAAGGUGGGAAACAAGAGAAAGUGAAGCCAACAGCUACAAAAGUCAAAGAAGUACACAAAACUCCACCUAAGCCCAAAGAGAAGGAGGGGAAAGAGACUGCGGCUGUGUCCAAGCAUGAACAGAAAGAUCAGUAUGCAUUCUGUCGAUAUAUGAUUGACAUGUUUGUCCAUGGGGAUUUAAAACCAGGACAAAGCCCAGCCUUACCACCUCUAUUACCAACAGAACAAGCUUCCAGACCCACUCCGGCAUCACCUCCUCUUGAAGAGAAAGAAGAGGAAAAGAAGAAAGCUGAGAAGAAAGUGACUUCUGAAACAAAAAAGAAAGAAAAAGAAGAUGUCAAAAAGAAAAUGGAUAAGGACACUGCCGUGGAUGUGAAAAAAAAAGGUAUUGUACUUUGUUUCCUUAGGUUAUGCUCAUGAUGCUUGUUCAUGAGAGGAUCUGGGGGCAAGGUAAACAAACUGGAUAUAGGUACUUAAAUCUCUCUAUGUGCAGGCCAUCAAAGCAAACAUUGCACUAGACAAAAUUAAGCAUGCAAGGAAGACUUUAUUCAAGGCUGUUGUAAUAGAGGAGGGAGGUCACAACUCAUUCUGAACUCAAUUUCACUGAAAUAAAAAGCAGGAGGGUUUUUAAGAGCUGCAAAGGGGUGGAGAGUUGUAAGCCCUCUGUGUGUGCUAAUUGGCUUACUCAAAGAAAAGUAAACUUUUUUCUUAGUGACUUAAUGACAGGAGUGUGGUUUUACAACUUGGAGCAAGACACCCCAAAGGAGUGAGAUUCUUACUAUUCCAAAGAAACUAGGCGUUUGGGGUACUAUUGUUCUCGAUGAUGACUACAUUUCAAAGGGAUGGCUCCCUUAUCCCUGAAAAGGGUAUUCUCAGGUUUAGAAAACCGGAAAGAGUCUUUUAGAAAGACAUAUCUCAAAGGAGCAGAGAAAGAAUUUACAAUUACAAGUCUUCUGAAGUAAAUGCUCUAAGAAAAGGGAGGGCAGGAGCCUAAGGUGAGACAGAAGUCUGUCUAAAGCUUAGUGAAGCUGAAGAGAACUUUAAGGCCAUCCUGGUGAAGACAAAAUGAAAUUGAGAAGAGCUACAGAGCAUAAUAACACCAUUUUGCAAAGCUAAGAAGCUCAGAGAGAACAAUGCAGCCCAUUAAGAAAUAGUAUUGUUCAACAGCUUAGAUUUUUGCUUUAUAUUUAGUUGUGCUUUAAUUCUUGUUCAAACAUGAAUACCGGCUUCUAUUCAGGUUAAGCUUAAGUCUAGGUGAAAAAGAUAGUUGUCUUGUAUCAUGAGAUAUUAUGGUUUGGUGUUAAGUGUUCUCAUCCCAAAUAUUUCCUCCACUGGUGUCAGUGAUGCUUGAAAUUCCACCAUUAGAGAUAUUCCAUUCCUUUGAGUUAUGAAGGAAUUGUCCUCUAUUAAAAUGCAAAUCUCCGAGGGCCUGUGUGUACAGGGUAGCAAACUAAUUCUUCUCAGUUAUUAACACUUAAAGUGAAAGAGGUUUCCAGAUCUUCUCUGUGUAAUAAUAUGCUGGAAACAAUGCCCUAGAAAAUGAGGCAGUAGGUCACUUCAGUGAAGGAGAUGUUGAAGAGAGAACUUCAAAGUAAGCCAUUGUGUGCAGAGAGAAAGAUUGGAUGGCAUCAGCAAAAAGCUUUUUUUCUUAGGAAGUAUAAAACCUCUGUCGGGGGGGAAAACGUAAUGGUGAAGGAUCCUGGAAAGGGAGACCGACCACAGGAUGCCAAACUAGAUAGCAAAAAGUAGCAAAUAGGAAUUGCAGGAAAUCCUCAACAUCACGCUGUAAGCAGGGUAAAAAAAGUUUUAAAUAUUAAGAGUUGCAUGAUGGUAUAUGAUUCAUGAAAUGCUCAGAAGAGACCUCCAGGUGUUCUGUGAGUCUGAGCUCAUUGCCAAAUUCUUUGCAUUCAAAUUUUUAUUAUUAAGGAUGUAUUACUAUAGAGUCUGUUGUAUUAUCAAACACUCAUUGAUUUUAUUUGGUUUAAAACUUUCCUCAUGUCCCUGGUGAAAUAUGUAUCUUAUCAUAAAAAGAGAAAAUGCAAUUCUGACUAUAUGAUGAUACUGAGAACUUGGUUGCUGGGGUCUAUGUAUCUGGGCCGUGAAAGGGAAACAAGGUUCUCUUUUCUGGGCCAUCAGUUUUGCCAAGUAUUUGCAGAAGGAAGUUUUGAAUUGUAAGCUUCAAAGUUUUUGUUAGACAUUUGCAAAUGCAAAAUCAGAAAAAUACUUUCGCCAAAACUCAGUGAUGUGUGUGGUUAUCAUUUGGGUUUGGUUUCAGUUUUUUAGGAGAAAGGCAAUACACCUUUAUAUACAGUGAGUGAUAGGAAAAUUCGAUGUUUCUCUGUUACUGGGAGACCCAUAUUAUUAGCCCAGCAGUCAUGUCAAAGCAAGGUUGUAUACCACUGGCAAGAGAACGGAUUUUGCCAAUAUCACUUCCCACAAUGUCAGGGUUCACUCACUCACUUCCUACAAGGCCAGGGCUCAUGGGGUCAUCCGUUAAUACAGAGAACGUCCUGGGUGGCUGCUCAACAUAGAUGGGGAGGGCUGCUCAGCCAGUGCUGAAAAACAGCUUUGUCCUUCUUGGAACCAGUUGUCCGUGUGUGUGUUUGUCAUUUUUACUUUUGAUGACACAAAAUACUGUUGGCCUUAAAAAUUAGUUCAGCUUCCUCAUGGAAAUAUGUAUAAAUUGUUUGUAUACAAGCUCUUGACCCCCAGAUACUCAAAAUUGUGUGUGUGUAUGUGUAUGAGUGUGUGAGAGAGACAGACAGACAGACAGAGAUUCAACCAAUACUGGUAUUUAACUCUUGUUUCUUUUUAGAGUUUAAUAAUUCUCCAGCUGCAUUUUCAUGUGAGAGGCAAUAUGGUUUAAAAACAGCAAGUUUGCAAUGUGAAAGUAGUAAUUUCUAGAGAUAAUGAGAGAAAUUGAAAAUAACCUGAAAUCUUGAGGAGCUGGGGCACAUAUGUCAUUUCUUCCUAAAGUAGUUGGAAGAAUAUGGCAGAAUGUCUGCUGCUACUACUCUAACCCCAAAGAGUAAAAAAUUUACAACAUAAUAUAUGCCUAGAUGCUGAUGGGUUUUAUCGUGAUAUUUUAUUAUAUUUAUAUUGAAUUUUAUAUUAUUUACAUUUAUGUAACAUAUAAAGUUACCUAUUUAUUAUAUUAUUUUAUUUUAUUAUAUUAUAUAUUAUAAUUACGUAUAUGCAAAUGAACCUAAGACUUAAAUUCUAUGAUAUAUGAGCCUCUGCUGCCUGAAACUGGUAAAUCACACUUUGCAAAUGAUCUGGGCUAGGGAAAAUGUGGGUGGGAUUUUGCAUGAUAUAAAAUUGUCAGUUCACAAAUUAAUAGUGGUUGGAAGUAGGUAAUUGUUGCAUCAGAGUUUAUUACAAUGAUCUCUUGUUUUGUAUAUAUUUCAAAUUGUCCUGGUGAAGACAAUUGGCUGCCACUUAAAAAACGCUGUGUGAAACGGGGAAAAAAGUCACCAGGAUAUUUUUACAGUCUUAUGAGAUAUGUUUCAGCCUAAAUACCAUGAAGAUAAACAAUCAAGAAAGAAAAUAAAAGCUUUUAAAAACCAUCUCCCUAUGCUUAUGUCAGACUUGAGUGUUAGACAUAACACAGCACUUAAGUUAGGGCAGACGGAAGGGCUCCUGUACAGGAGAAUUGAUGUGUACACAGGUGGCGAAGUAUGGGAAGGAUGGGAAGGACAGCAGUCAAGGGGCUGCUCCUGGAUUGUUGAGACCAGGGCACGCCAGCUGGUCAGGAAGCUGCUUCAGUCACCGAAGCUGCCUCUUACCCACAGACUAGACCCUGGGGAUGUUGACACCAGCCUUGGCAACUGACUCACAUCCAAGUAACCUUAAUCACAACAUUUCUGCUUUUCAGUCUCCUGGAGGUGGGUCUGAUUGGUAGAAUUACAUCUACUGCAAGAGAAUUAGGAAGAGGUGGGGUUUUGGUAAAACGGAAGUUGAAAGAGGCUGUCCAAGGUCUCUACAUAAAGAUACGGACAUGGUUUAUAAGAUAAAACUCAUAUAAUAAGAGAAGGUUUUUGAAGACCUGAAUUGUACAAAGAUGGCUCAGUCAAGCAGCAUGAUAAGAAUGUGGCAAUUUGAAGGGCCCAGGAGACAUACUUAAACUCAUUUGUGUUGUUCUUUACCUAAACCCUAGAUCAAAGAAGCAUGGAUAUUCUUCCUCUCUUUAUGUCACAAAAUAAAAUUUUUGAAGAAAUAAUUUUCUUAGUGCUUGAUGGGAUGAUAAUGGCUAAAAAAACAAUUGCUUUUCCUUAUAAAGCAAUAAUUAUAAUUUGGAGAAAACACAUAAACCAUUAUAGAAAUGGGUCAAAAGUAUGAUUCAUUUCUCUCAGAUUGGCUUCUUUGGAGUUGUAAGUUAUUUUACACUUUUUGGAGUUAAAUUCAUUACCACCCUGUAAUGUUUAUGAGCCUAUUAAUUAUGAAGGUGAUUUUGACAUGAUAACUGAUAAUGGCGUAAAAUGAUGUUUCAUUAUCACACUUUGGAACAUGAUUUUUUUCCCCAAGAAUUAUCUGAAUUGGAAUAUAAAUUACAAGAAAGAUUGAAAAACCAGACUAGUUUUUCUGGACUAGCUGCUAGAAAAAAGCAAAUUCACUCAUUCGUUUAUUCUUGCAUGCCUUCUUGCCGACAACAUUCACUUAAUGCCUACUCCCUACCAGCCAUGGUACUAGGUGCUAAGUACACAGAGGUAGAUAAAUGAACAUAAGCCCUAACCCUAAUGGAGCUUACAGUUUGAUAAGGGAGGCACACAGUGAAUUAGUGGACAAAAUGUCCAUAAGUACAAUGUGGGGUAAGGCCCACAGGGGAAACAAAUUUGGGGUAAUAGCAGAAAGCUGGGGAGCUAUUUAAAUAGAUAAGCUUGUCAGAGCAGGCUUGUCUAAGAGACAACAUCUAAAUUGGAAUCUGAUAUAUUAGAAGGAUCCAGCCAUCAAUGCGUGCAUCUUUAUGCAACGUGUAAAUGUGAAUAUGGUGUGUAUGUGUGUAUGUGUGCGUGUAUGUAUGUGCGAUAUGUAUAUAUGCAAUAUGUCUGGGAGGAAGUACAAGUGGUCAGAACACACAGGACAUAUGUAAGUGCUGUAUUUAUUAAAAGUGUAAUAGGAAACACUUGAAGGGUGUUAGCAGUGUAAGAAAACAUUCUGAUUUAUGUUUUAUACAAAGUAUAUACUCAUUUUGAUAGUGGGUAAGAGAGGGAAAAGGGAAGAGGUAUACUAGUUAAAAGAUUGUAUCUUUUAUUGAGAUGGAGAAGCCUAUAUGGGGAGCAACUAUAAUGGAAACAAUCUAGAGUUUCCUCUUAAGUAUGUUAAGUUUCAAGUGACUAUGACAUAUCAUUCACAUUUUGUAUCAAGAACUAUUUUAACUGUUUUACAAUAUUAACACAUUCUAUCUUUAUAAUACGUGAAUAAAUAGAUUGUUAUAAUCCUUAUUAUACAUUGAAUAACCUGAGACACAGAGAGGUUAAGUAACUUACCCAGGGUCACAUAGAUAGAAAAUAUCAGGGUCAGGAUUUUAACCCAUAUACUCGGAAGAAGCAGUCAGAUUUAUGGGUCUGGAUCUCAGAGGGGAAUCUGAAGUCAAACUAUAAAUACAAAAAUCCGUAUCAAUCAUAGUUAUUGCCCUGGGAAUAAAUGAGAUUACCCAGAGAGACUGUGUCAAAAGAAAAAGAAAGUGGAAUACAGAAUCAAGACCUGGGGAAUUCCAACAUGUAGAGAUUAGAUAAUGGAACAUAAAGCAAAAGAGGCUGAAAGGAAUUGCUGGAUAGGUUAAAGGAAAAGCAGAAGAGUUCAGUAUUAGAGACAUUUUAGAAAUGAAUGGUUCAAGAAUCACGAAGUCAUCAACCUUGUGACUGUUACUCAGAAGCCGUGACAGGAGAGCAGGAUUGAUGAGAGCGCCUCCUAUGGGAUGAAAGAAAGCCAGACUGCGGGGGCGGGGCUAAAAUGGAGUAGAAAGCAGUGAUGGUUUUUAAUUGUGCCUCUUCGAAAGAGUAAAGACUCUUUUUUUGUCUUUUAGCUUUGUUUUGGGAGGUGAAUUUAGAGCCUAUGGACAUAAAAACACAGUGUGAAAGACUGAUGCUCAAAGGGACAGGGGAUAAGUGGAAGACUAAGAGAUCAUUUAGAAUUCAUUGUUUGAUGGGCACAUGGGUGAAAAAAAUAAUCUGCUUCUUAAGGAUAAUGCCACAGAAGCUCCAGUAGUAAAAUGUUGGUGUUUUCAAGUUAGGAAGAAGAAUUUAUCUAGAUUGCCUUAUAAAAAGAAGCAUGCAUUUGCAAGAUAUACAAUGUAAGAUUAGGCAUCUGUGGUGAUAAAACUAAAACUCCAAUAGUAAAUACAGUCUGAUUUGAAAGCCUCAGUUUUAGAAAAAAACGUAUCAAAAUGUCCUUGAUGCUCACUGACUGGUAACAGGUAAGUUUGUGAGAGAUACUUUAAUGUUUUUAAAGAAUUAUUCAUUCAUAAAAAACCCACAAAACUCAUACGGCUUAUGCUGUUUUAAAGAAUGCAAUCCUAUCUAUUUCCAUAGCAUAUUUUCAGUUAUUGUUUGGGGCAAAUACAAUUAAAUUCUGCACAAACUAAAAUCUUUGACUAUUUUAUUUCAUUUCUCUAUGUAAGUCUACUAUUGUCAUUGAGAAAUUGUAAUACUUUACAGAAGCAUAUAGCUUUGAAUAUGUCAUUAAAUUUUAUGCCUACCAGACAUAGAAGAGCAUCUAUUUUACUUUAUGAAUCUUUUGUAACAGAUUGUUCUAGCUACUAGUGCUCAAAAUAAUUUACAUGGCAGAUUACAGACCACUAAAAUAAAUUUAUAUGUAAUUAAAAGUAGCUUCCUUGAAAUAUUUAUAUGUACAGAUAUCACUGGGUAAGAUAAUAAACAUUAUAUCUUUCAUAUGCUUUCACUGUUAAGUUUUAGUUUAAAAAAGCAAAUUUCUAUUUUCCAGACUUGUAUUUUGAGACUAUUAUUGUAGGUUUUUAUGCUCACUCUAUCUCUUCCUGUCUAUCUGAAAAGUACUUGGUUUUAGAAAGUUAUCCUGUAUUUGAAUUUUGUAUUUUGCAUAUAUGUAUUUGGGAAGAAUUUGACAAAUAUAUCAGCUAAGUAUUAUUUGCUAAACACUUUGAAACCUAGAUUUUUUUUUCUAGAGUUCUACAAAUUUUGUAGUAAUGUACCAGUUAAUAUCAAGUUACAAAGAAACAGAUACUUCACACACUUUUGGUUGAUAUCAGGGCAGUUGUAGUAAUGCAUGCUGUAAAUGAAAUUAUUAAAAAAUUUAUUGAAGUAAAUAAUGGGAAAUCUGGCACAAAUAGACCGGAUCUAAUUAGUAAUUCCCAGCCUUGACUUAGGGAUGCUUUGUAAUUAUAAGGCAACAGUAUGUGCCUUUCAAGUUAGUUAUUUUGUUCCCGUAUAGAUUAGGUUGCAAAUCCAAGUUCAGUUGAUGGCAGCUUGACUAUAUUAAAAACAUUUACAAUGCUUGAAUUGCCUUAAAGGUAAAAGAAUAUAUUUUCAAGUGUUUUGUAAUCACAGAGAUGUAAGACAAUAGUUACUUAUUCUCUAGAGGGCAAAGGAUUUUGUGAUAGAACAAUACAGGAACGUCUGCUGACUUGUUACUUAAUAUGAUAGCUUUGAUUACCUCUUAUAUCACAUCUGGUUUAGCCGCCUAGAAACUGAACUGCUUGAGAAGGUGAGAGAGAGGUAAUAUCAUACCAUGCUGUGGGAUCUCAGGAGAUAAUCCUCCAUGUUCUAGCUUUCGGUUUGAUCAAUACAGAAGUGUGUUUGGGUCCAAUGCUAACAUGAAGCCAAGGUUCUUGGAUUUAAAAAGGAAUUCAAAAUACAUCUUAAACUUCAGAAAGGGAAAGGAUUUAUAUUAAAACAUAUUAGGCCUGGAAAAAAAGGGACCGGUAUAUGAGUAACUAAUUUCAAUCUUCUUAAUACUUGCUAUGGAGAAUCAGAACUAUCCUCCCAGGGAAGACAGAAAGAAAAUAAGCCCUAAAUUUGAGUUGUGUUGCAUUUUGUGAAGUACUCUCAAGAGGGAGGAUUAAGAUACAUAUGAGAAAUAAUCAGUAAAUAGACAAGUAUUUCUUCUCUUUUUGCACGGGCAUAUUGAUCUUUUAAGUAUUUCCUGUACCCAUAGUAUAUAAAUUAUUUUUAACCACAUUUUAUAUUUAGAAUGGAUUAUUUUCUGAAAAAAAAAAAAAGAAACUAAUUUAAUUU